AUUUUCGGAUGAAGAAAAUUUUACAAAAGACACUUGCAAUUUUACAUUAUUCGUUAUGAGUCUCAGGUCCCUUUUUAAUCUACUAAUUAGUAACAUUGAUGAGACUAUAGACCAUAAUAUCGACUGCUGGUACAACUUAAACAACCAUACGAUGAUUGUGUGACCUUAAAUGUUUUAGAAAUAUAAUAACCAUGACAACUAAGAAGUCAAAGACUUGCUCUGUACAUACAGAUAUAGGGAAGAUACCAGUCAUUACACAGACAAACAGAACUUACAUAAAAGAUAAAGCCAAAUUAGAGAAUGAAUUGGGAAAAGGAAAUCCUAAUUGGUUUGUGGAAGCAUCUCGUCAUCCAAAAGAGAAAGAUUCAUCAGUGACACCUAUAUCACUAAAGUGUAUGCAAGAUUCCUACAAUGAAGACAGCCCUGUUUAUAUUUCUUCACAUCUUUUAGAAUCUCAGUUCUCUGCUACCAGUCCAUUAACAGGUUGGAUGCCCCCUUCACUGGGAAUAAGCCCUGUAAAUGGUACAGCCCAGCAGUAUGUAGGCUCUCAGUAUGAUUUAGUAAAGAGUCUAGGUGUGAAUGAUUCAACUCUCAGCUGGACUAGUUCAUUAGCUACACCUAAUCAUGCUGACUUGGAGGACAGAGAUAGCCAGACUCAAGCUCAAGCCAAAAGGAAGGGAUUUUCUCGCAUGUUAUUUUCUCCUGGAAACAAUAUGACAAGUGAAACCAUGGAAGUAUGUACUCUAAAGGAAUCUCCAGUAACUAAAGUCAACUCCAAAUUAUUACAGGAAAACAAUGAGCCAAAUCAUUCUACUGAAAUCAAAGUUAAUUCAUACAUUAGUAGUCAAGAAAAAAACAGAGGAAAGAUAGAUACACCUGACUUAACUGAUGCUUUGUCUGACUUCUUUGAUCCUCCAUCUAAAGCUGCAGGUAGAAGGAGGAGUGCUCCAUCUUCUAGGAGGAAUUCAUUUAAAACUAAACCUCCAAGCUGUUUAAGUUCAAUAUCUUUUACUCAGGGUGAUUCAGACAAGAAUAAUAUCAUUGAAGAUCUUUUUAGCAGUAAAGAUCAACAUUUGAAUAAAUGUCAAAAUGAAUGUCCAUCAAAACCCAGUGUAGAAACUGAUGAAAAGUGCAAUCAAAUUACUGAGAAAUUUGAUCACUGUGAAAGUGUCAAACAAGAAAGUACUGAUUUAGGAAAACUCGACCUUUCGUAUUCAGAAUCAUCCCGUUUAAGUGAAAUGUCUGUAGAAAAUGCAAAUAAGAUAACAAUGGAGAAUGAAGAGGAAUGUUUACAUGAAAAUACACAAAAUUUAAUUGAAAAUGAAGAAUUUAGUCAGGCAGAUCUGUUUUGCUCUACACCAUAUGAUGUCAAUAGGACUUAUAAGUCAAUUCUAUCAACUGCAAAAAAGAAAACACCUGCAUCCAAAAAACGUGUCAGGUUUGAUAAAGAUUUGGAUGAAAAUUUUAUAAUCAGUAAUGAAUUAGACAUUAAUACAAGUUCUGCAAUUGGAAAUUCUGGAAAGAAAAUUAGAAAGACUAUUGAUAAUCUGUCAGAUGAUGUCACUAUUGAAAUGGAAACUGAUAAUUCUAAAACAGACAAUAAUGGUAAGGGAUGUGAUAAAGAAACUGAUGAUUUGUUUUCCCAAGUUUCUCCAUCAGCAUUGCAGGAAAUGUGUUCAGUUUCAUCAGAUAAAUUGGAAGAAUCCCCUUGUACAGGAAAGCCUUCUGCAUCUAUUGACAAUCUUACCAAAUCUGACACAAAUAAUCAGACAGCAUCUAUACCAGUAUCUCCUGUUACACAAAUAAAUAAGAUUGUUCCUGUCUUAGAGAUUACAAUACAGCCUAGUAAAGAUGUUUCAGAAACUGAGAAUUUGAGUUGUGCAACAACCUCUCCUGAAAAAACUGUAUCUGUUGAAACUAGUUCUCAUAUUAAGACUGAUAGUUUAUUAAGGAAACCUGGUAAAAUAAAAAGAUUUUUCUAUCCAACCAAUUCUCAAAUCAACACUUCAUGUCCAAAGUCUGUUUACGGUUUCAAACAACAACCAAAGGAGACAGCUGACAAUAACAUAAAAGAUAAAGGUCAGGAUGCUACAAUUAAAUCAUCAGUAAAUACUAAAAUUGCCAGUGGGACAGAGAGGACACCAACAACCCACAUAGAAAUGGUGAAGACUAGUCCAGCAACAAACACCACAACUUUGGCAUCUGGGAAUACAGAUUCAAGAAGCAGAUCCUUAGGUUCAGGUUUUAAAAGAUACAGUGAUUUGGUUGAAGUACCAGCAAAAUCCAGUGCAGAGAAAAUAAACAAAUCAACUUCAGACAUGUACACAAGGGUUUCAAGGACAACUAAGGAUAUGUCUAGUACACCAACAUCUACCAAGAGAGAUUCCACAGAAAUCAAACGUAAAAGACUUUGUCUCAAUCACCAGGAUUCUAAUGAAAAUUGUUCAUCCAAAAAAACUACCAAAGAAUUAUCCUCCCCAAAGUUUCCCUACGAAAAAACUGUCAAAGAAUUAACCUCCCCAAAGUUACUCAUUGAAAAAACUACAAGUCCAAUUAGGUCAACUUCAGCAAGUGACAUCCCUAAUCCUGAAAGUGACAUGUUUGACGAUGAUCUGCCUGAUGAUUCAUUUGCUAAGGAAAUAAGUAUGGAUGGUACAUUGGAAAAACUCUCUGGUAACUCAGAUUAUAAAGGGACUGUGUUUGGUACGUCUGAAAGUCUAUCUGCCAAUUUAAACAAAUCAGGAAAGUCUGAAAAUUUGGAAAAGGUACUUGAAGAAGGUAUGCUAAAAAUUACACCAAAUGCUUUGAAGAAUAAUUUCAUGGAACAGUACAAACAAAAUGUAGAAAUAGUCAGAUCAGAUGCAUAUAACAUGAGUGAAAAACAAUCAGUAAAUGUUAUGGGUGAAAUGUUUCAAGGGUUUCACACUGCAGCAGGAGGGAAAAUUAACAUUACAGAGAGCAAGUUAUCUGAAGCUGAGAAACUCAUGGUAGUAGAUAGCUCCGAUUUAAUGGCUGAAUUCACUGAUGAUUUCAUAGUAGAUCGUAAGUUAGAAGUUAAAAAAAGAACAGAAUUUGAAAAAGUGAAACUUCAUGAAGACACAAUGUUGAUGAAAAGAGAGGCUUCUCUGGCAUCUGGUAUUGAAACUAAAGUACUUGAUGUGAAAAUAGAGCAUGUAUGCAUUAAUGUCAACAAAAAGUCAGAUCUCAAUAAAAAAAGUGAAAUUAUAUUCAGAGGUGAUAGAAAUCUUGAAAAGAAACUUAAUUCUUCUCAUGCAGUAGAUGGUAAUAACAGUGUUUUAGGGGAACAUUUACAGCCUUUAAAUAAACAAUUUACUGAAAGUUCAGAAAAGAAUGUCAACAAGGGCAAGACACUUCCAGUAAGUUUAAAUCUUGAAAUAAGAACUGAAUUACAAGAGAGCCAUGGUUUAAGUGGUGGUUUCUCAACAGCUUCUGGAACAGGAAUUAAGUUUUCUAAUGCAAACCUUUCAAAGGCACAGAAAUUAUUUGAUGAAAAAGAAAAUGUAGCUAUAGGUGAAAAUUUAUCUUCUAAACCUAAAAAUAAUGGAUUUGCAUCAGCAUCGGGAAAACAAUUACCUAUGUCACUGUCUAGUUUGUCUAAAGCAGAGAAAUUAAUGGAGGACAUGAUCAGUGAGAAUAAGGCAAGUGUUUCUAAUGUCAACCCUAUCAAUAGAACUGGAGGAUUCUCAACUGCUGGCGGAAACAGUUUCAAAAUCUCUCCAUCCAGUUUGUCAAAAGCUAAAGCUUUAAUCUUAGACCCAGAAAAUAGUCCAUGUUUAAUAGAAGGGAAUAUGCCUGAACAAUUAAAGCAAACAAAAAAUUACAAUUUUCAUUGUCGUGGAUUUUCUACUGCCUCAGGAAAACAGUUUAAUAUUUCAGAAUCAAGUUUGUCCAAAGCACAGAGUUUAAUGAAGGAGUCUCAGGACCAAGAACAAUCAGAUAUAAGUGAAAAUGAUAAAGUUGCUAUGCCAGGAUUUGCCUCUGCCUCAGGAAAAAGUCUCAAUUUAUCCAAAUCUAGUCUAUUAAAAGCACAAAACUUUAUGGAUGAGAAAGAACUUCAGGUUGUUACUCCUGAAUCAACAUUAAAGGCAAAUACCAAAACAGGGCUAUGUAAUGGCCUUCUGAGUGGAUUUUCUUCUGCAUCUAGGAAAGGUUUAAAUAUUUCUUCAGCCAGCAUUUCUAAAGCUACAUGUUUAAUGAAAGAAAUAAAUGGUGAACAGGAACAUUUAUCAUCUGAUAUAAAAGCAAAGAAGGAAGACUUUGAAGAACUUUUCAGUAAUAUUCUCAAACAAAAUGAAUCAAAUGAUUUGCUUACUGAUACAGCUGCGAACACAAAUUUACUUGUCGAAAGUGAUUUGGAAAAAGAAUUAGAAAAUAUGCUGACAAACAAACAAAAUAAAAAAGAAAGUGUUCAAGUUCAGCCCACAAAAUCAUCAAGGUUUCCACCUGGUUCUAAUGUUCCCAAGGGAUUCAGACCUUUCAAAGCUCCAAAAAUUAUAAGCAAGACAAAAGUUGUCCAAAACAUCAAAUCUGUCCCAAUCAAUAGUACAUCUGAAGUAGAUAGUGCAAAAGAUGUUAUGAUUAAAGUUGACAUGGGUGAGCCUUUGAAACAAAAACCUGAAAGUGAAGACAAUUACGGUGGUCAUACUUCUGAUCUGAUUAAACAGAACAAUAAUAAUAAUAUAGACAGUACUUACUUGGACGAGGUGUUCUCAGAAGAAAUGUUGGCAUCUCAAAAAUUCAGUCCAGAAUCUGGUCGUCCAUUAAAAAAAUGUGGACGUAAAAGGUUGACCUCCUCUAUUACAAGUGAUGAUUUAGAACUGAUUGAAGCUGAAAGAAGUGUUGAGCUAACUAAAUGUACAAAGUUCGAACACCAUCAGACAAAUGAAUCAAAGAAUGUCACAUUUACUUUAGGAACAGGUGGAGACAAUAAAAUAACUAGAAUUGAAAAUUCAGAGUGUGAUUUGGAUAUUGAUUUUAAAGGAGAUAACUCUCAAUUUGCCCUUGAAGAAGUUAUGGAUCCUGGUAAUGAAUUCACACAAGUUUUAGUUGAUAAUGAUGAAGCAUUUCUGAAUUGUGAAGAUUCUGCAAAAGUUUUAAUUCAGGAAAAGAGAAUACAAGCUGAAAAUUUAGUGCAACCUAUGAAAAGUAAUUCAAAUAUUACAACUGAUUCCACUUUAGAUAUUAUUCCACAAAUAACUACAAAAUCAGCUUUUCUAAAUGAAAAGAGUGAAAUGGAUGUUGAUCCUGAUACAACAUUUAAUUUUAAAUAUCAAAAUCCCUUUCAAAGUGCUUCAGGAAAGACUGUGUUUGUGUCGGAGAAAGCAUUACAGCAGGCUAGACAAACAAUGAAUGAGGACACAAAGAAAAUUGAUGGUUUAGGAGACUCCUUUCCUCAUCCAAGAAAAUCCAUGGAAUCAACUAUUUCUAAUCCUUUCCAAAGUGCUUCUGGUAAAUCUGUGUGUGUGUCAGAGAAAGCAUUACAGCAGGCUAGACAAACAAUGAAUGAGGACUCAAAGAACAUUGAAGGUUUAGGAGAAUCUUUUCCUCAUCCAAGAAAGUCCCUGGAAUCAACUAUUUCUAAUCCUUUCCAAAGUGCUUCUGGUAAAACUGUUAGAGUUUCUCAAAAAGCUCUUGUGCAUGCAAGAAAAACUUUAGAUGAUGAAAACAUUGGUUUGUUUCAUAGUGCUUCAGGGAAAAGUGUUGAAGUUUCAGAAUCUGCUCUCCAGCAUGCUAGGAAAACACUUGAUGAUUCUAAUUCAAUUCCAAGUGUGUCAGGAAAAAACAUUUCUGUUUCACCAAAAUCUCUUCAACAUGCCAGACAAACACUUGCUGAUGACAAUUCUAAUCCAUUCCAGAGUGCUUCAGGAAAGAUUGUUCAAAUUUCAGAGGCAGCUCUUAAACAUGCUAGAGGAACAUUUAAUGAAGAAAUUAUUACUCCAGUACUGAAAGACAAUGAUUUGAGGAAAGAAACAUUGAAAGACAUAAGUGACGCUCCUUUUCAGAGUGCAUCAGGGAAAAAUGUACUUGUUUCUAAAAAAGCGCUAUGUCAUGCAAGGAAAACUCUAAAAGAAGAAAUGACCAACCCAUUUCAGAGUGCUUCAGGAAAGAAUUUUGAAAUUUCAGAGAAAGCUUUCCAGCAAGCAAGAAAAACACUAAAUGAAGAAAUGACCAACCCAUUUCAGAGUGCCUCUGGAAAGAAUGUUGAAAUUUCAGAGAAAGCUCUUCAGCAAGCAAGAAAAACACUAAAUGAAGAACUGACCAACCCAUUUCAAAGUGCCUCUGGAAAGAAUGUUGAAAUUUCAGAGAAAGCUCUUCAUCAAGCAAGGAAAACACUAAAUGAAGAAAUGACCAACCCAUUUCAAAGUGCCUCUGGCAAGAAUGUUGAAAUUUCAGAGAAAGCUUUCCAGCAAGCAAGGAAAACACUAAAUGAAGAACUGACCAACCCAUUUCAAAGUGCCUCUGGCAAGAAUGUUGAAAUUUCAGAGAAAGCUCUUCAGCAAGCAAGGAAAACACUAAAUGAUGAAAUGACCAACCCAUUUCAGAGUGCCUCUGGCAAGAAUGUUGAAAUUUCAGAGAAAGCUCUCCAGCAAGCAAGAAAAACAUUAAAAGAAGAAAAUAAUGACCCAUCAGUAAAAGAUGUUACUCAUUCUGAAAAAAAUCUUAAGGGAACUAGGAAUACAUUGAACAAUGAAACAAAUAACCCUUUUCAGAGUGCCUCAGGAAAAGGGGUUUCCAUUUCUGAAGAAUCUCUUCAGCAAGCAAAGAAAACAUUAAAUGAUCAAACUCUAAUUCCAUUUCAAAGUGCUUCUGGGAAUAGUAUGAUUGUAUCAGAACAGUCUCUCAAGCAUGCCAGGAAAACUCUGUGUGAUGAUUCAAUUAAUACACCCAAAUGUGUGUCCGGAAAUAGUGAAAUGAAUUCAGAAAAGGCCAUACAACAAGAAAGGAAAUCAUCUGGACAAAAUCAUUCAGUGCAGUGUGUUCCUGUUUCCAAAAGGGUUUUGCCAUUUUCUGAUGACCAUUAUAACAAGAACAUGUCACCUUCACAUCAAACAAGCAGAUCAUCAGUGGAUAAUACAAAGAGAAAGAGAAGUGAUUUUGAUGAUGAUUUUGAUAUUCCCUUAGAGAUGUUAGAACAGAUGGAGAUGUAUGGUAAAAGACAAAGGACAGAUGUACUAGAUGGGAGAAAAAGACAGUCUUUGUCAGCAGGCCCUGAAGAUUACAGUAAAGAUAGACAAGUUCCUGGGUUUUCACCAAAGCCAUUAAAGAGUCAGUCUGUACAUACUAAUCAGAGGACCAGAAUACAAGAAUACCUGUCUAGUGAUACCAGUAUUGACACUAAUGUACUUCCCAAGUCUACAUUUAAAACACCAUACAAGCCAUCAUCAGGGCCCACAGAAGAUAUAACAACUGUAUACAAUAAUAAAGUUAAAGUAGCAGCUCCAGUUUUUGUAUCCAAGACUGCAAAUAGCCAUGGAAAGAAAAUAAAUGAUCAACAGACAAGAGUACCUUUACAACCAAAGAUGACAAAUAAUGUCAAGGUUGAAAACCAAUCAGGUAUCAGAAAAGAAAUUUCUGGUCAAGGAUUGAAAUCAAAGGGUUUAAAUCAGACUUCUGCAAUGAAUGAAAUCAGCAAAGACACAGUACAGAUGAUAGGGAAAGCCAGAAAACAACAAGAAGAUAAGAUAAAAGAGAGGUCGAAGAGAAAGGUCGUACCAGUAGAAGGAAGGUUAUUUCAGAUGAAGCAGUCACAUAAAAGAUUGAAACUAAAAGAUGUAAUCUCACUUCAUAGCAAUAUUGAUCAGUCUGCCAUGAGGCAUAUACAUCCUUCAACUAGAAAAGUAAGAUGUAGUAAUGCAGCCCUCCAUAAAUUUUACCUUCCUGACUUUUAUGGCAAAAAUGUCCACCAUAUUAUUGUUGGAGAUGGAGCUAUGCUGGUUCCUGAUGAUAAAGGUUAUGCAGGGAAGGAUGAGUUUUACCAAGCUUUUCUGACCAUAGACAAUGUAGACUGUAAGCUGCUGGAGGAGAAAUGGUUCUAUAACCAUUAUAGAUGGGUAGUUUGGAAGUUAGCAGCUUAUGAGGUUACUUCAGCUGUGAUGUUUGCUGGAAGAUGUCUGACACCAGAGGUUGUGAUGUUACAGAUGAAAUAUAGAUAUGAUAGAGAAAUAGAUAAAUGUCAAAGGUCUGCUAUUAUGAAGAUAUGCGAGAAAGAUGAUACACCAUGUAAAAGAAUGGUUCUGUGUGUAUCUAAUAUCACAACGGAUGUUAAAGAACCUAAGAUAUCUCUAACAGAUGGCUGGUACAGUAUUAAAGCUAAGGUUGAUGGUCCCCUGUCUAACCUGAUUAACAAAGGAUGUAUACAGAUUGGACAUAAACUAUGUAUAUCUGGAGCUGAACUGACUGGUUCCCAGGAUGCCUGUCCACCACUUGAGGCACCAGAAGCAUUAAUGUUGAAAAUAAGUACCAAUUCUACAAGACCUGCCUCCUGGGAUUCCAUACUGGGCUUCCAAACUGACCACACCCCUCUCUGUGUACCUUUGACAUCUAUACAAGGAGAAGGUGGAUUAAUUGGUUGUGUUGAUGUCGUGGUUGUGAGGAAAUAUCCUACCAUGUAUAUGGAGAAGUUACAAGCUGGUGGCUGUAUAUUUAGAUCUUAUGCUGCGGAAGAAAAAUAUAAACAAUCAUUUCAACAACUUCAACAGGAGAAAAUGGAAAAGUUGUAUCAACAAUUAGAAAGUCGCUUUGAAAAAGAUAAUAAGGAAGAAAGAUGUAUAAAGAGAAAGAAAUAUUCAUGUAAAGAGAUAGAGCAACUCAGCUCAGGUGAAGACAUAUAUGAGGCAAUAAAUUCUGCUAAACAUCCUGAUGAUAUCCAGACAUAUUUAAGCAGUGAUCAGUUAGAACUGUUGAUGGAACACCAAAGAUGUGUACAAGAAGAAAAAAGACAAAAGAUGAACUCUGAAUUCCAGAAAAUUUGGAAUGAUGGAGACGAGAAGAACCAGCAGAGAAAUGUAAUACCAUUAAUGAAAGUCAGACUUGUUGGAUGUUGUAGGAAAGAUACUGAUAGUCAGAUGUCCUCUUUGUUAUCAAUAUGGAGACCAACUUCUACUCACAAUGAUCUCAAAGAAGGACACAGAUAUAAGGCUUACAGUUUGUCAGCAGCACCUGCACGGUCUGGGUCAGGUGGAGUACAGCUGACAACAACCAAACAAACACAGUUCAAACCAUUAGCAUUAGAUGACAAUAUCUUGGAUAUGAUUUAUGAACCAAGAGAGGUACUAACAAAACAAGACAUUGUCAGGAAGAGACCUGCCUUCAAAGAAGCAGAUAUAGUGGGCAUUGUAAUAAUGGUCAACAAUACAAACUUUGAACACAGUGGGAAACAACAGGACAUUGUGUAUGUAGCAGAUAUCAAUGAUGACUUGAUUGGUAUCAAGUUCUGGGGAGGAGUAAAGCACUGUGGUUUAUCGGACACAUUACAGGAAGGUGUGAUCUGUUGUUGUAGUAACCUGUGUGACAAAUCUAACUAUCCAUCUAUAAGUCUACCUGUAUUGGAUUAUUCUACAGAGUUAUCUGUCCUGUCACAAUCUCCCCAGUACCCAAGUCAGAGGAAACAUAUAGAUAAAUUAAAAGAGAAACUCAAGGAGAAAACUGAGUUUCUGAUACAAGCAAAGGAGAGACUUCAUGACAAGCUUAAUGCAAGAAAUUCUCUGGCUUCUGUAAAUAAAAGUCCUGAGAAAAAUAGCAGUGAAAUUUUACUGGAAAGCAAAACACCAAACAAUCCCAAGACAACUUCCAAGAUGGCUGCCUUGCUGAGUUAUUCAUCACCUUCUCCAAUAUCACCCAUCUUGCUGUCAUCAACAAAAUCAAUUCAUAAAGCUUUCAAACCUCCAAGCUUGACUAGAUAAUAAAUCAUGUUAAAAAAGUCAUUAUAAAAUCCUCUAUUUUAAUUGUGAGAUUUAUUCAUUUUCAUUUUUUUUCAAUUAUUGAUUUGCUGUUUCAAUAAUGUUAAAAUAUACUUGGUUAUUUACUACUUAAAUUCUAAUUCCUUGCCUUUUUAGCUCACCUGGCCCAAAGGGCCAAGUGAGCUUUUCUCAUCACUUGGCGUCCGUCGUCCGUCGUCAUCCGGCGUUAGCUUUUACAAAAAUCUUCUCCUCUGAAACUACUGGGCCAAAUCAAACCAAACUUGGCCACAAUCAUCAUUGGGGUAUCUAGUUUAAAAAAUGUGUGGCAUGACCCGGUCAUUCAACCAAGAUGGCGGCCACGGCUAAAAAUAGAACAUAGGGGUAAAAUGCAGUUUUUGGCUUAUAACUCAAAAACCAAAACAUUUAGAGGAAAUCUGACAUGGGGUAAAAAUGUUUAUCAGGUCAAUAUCUAUCUGCCCUGAAAUUUUCAGAUGAAUUGGACAAUCGGUUGUUGGCUUGCUGCCCUCCAAUUGGUAAUUUUUAAAGAAAUUUUGCCGUUUUUGGUUAUUAUCUUGAAUACUAUUAUAGAUAGAGAUAAACUGUAAACAGCAAUAAUGUUCAGCAAAGUAAGAUCUACAAAUAAGUCAACAUGACCUAAAUGGUCAAUUGACCCCUUAAGGAGUUAUUGCCCUUUAUAGUCAAUUUUUAACAAUUUUCAUUAAUUCGGUAAAUUUAUGUAAAUUUUUACCAAAUAUUUUUCUCUGUUACUAAUGGGCAAGGUUCAUUAUAGAUAUAAUUGUAAGAAGCAAGAACGUUCAGUAAAGUAAGAACUUCAAUCACCAUCACCAAAAUACAAUUUUGUCAUGAAUCCAUUUGUGUCCUUUGUUUAAUAUGCACAUAGACCAAGGUGAGCGACACAGGCUCUUUAGAGCCUCUAGUUUUUUUAUUG